GAUUUACUAUUCGUCCCAUGGAGAGUUCUUUUUAAAAUGAGUGCAACUAACUGUUCGUCGGUACGUUAUGAUAAAUAGUAAGCAAUUUAGUCUGGAAUGAAACGAAACGUUCUCCAGAUUACGUUGCGAGCAGCAUCGAAGCGAGUUGCUCGACGCUGGACCAGAAGCAUGGUGUGCGAACGUCUCGAACGAUCACGGUUCACCAUUUCCUCGACGGAUGAAGUGAAAGCCAUGAUCGAGGCUGGAGUAGAAUGUAAAGAAGUCGGUGCGAAUCGAGAGAGGGAAACCGUUUUGCCGUCCAGUUACUCCAAGGCAAGCUGAAAGGAAUGUCGAGCGCCGUGCAUCGCGACGCCAACGAGUUCUCACACUGAGCAUCUCUAAUCAACAACGCGAUCAUCGACGACCCACCCCUUCUGAUUGAAAAUUCAUGUACUGACGAAGAAUGAAAUUAGGCUAAUCACAAUGACGUCGAAAUAUUUUCUUAUUGCCAUAACUAUAAUAUACGUUACAGAAUGCUCGGCCCAAGUUUACAAGAGUCACUCGGUCGAGACCGCUGUAGUAAUCAAACCGGCGGUUGUAAACGAUAAUUUUAUUACACAAACGGUGUACGGAUUCUUGGAUUUCACCACCACGAUUGGAAACACGGUGAUGGUGUUCAGCCCGCAAAGCGAGCCAACAGGCGGUGAAAAGGGAAAGAAAAGCAGCGGUCCGAUUAUACAAACGAAACCGAGUGAAACACAGGAAAAAGCAAUUCCUAAUAUUCAACCAAGCAAAACACACAAAACGAAUUCCGAAGAAGAAACGAAAAAACAGGCAAAAGGAUCGAAUGUUGUAAAUUCCGUCAUCGAACAGAAUGUUAUUAAUUCCUCUGAAGAUAAUGGAAUACGUUCUCCAAAGAGUCAGGAACCGAACACUCAUACGCAGGUAGUAACAAAGAGUCCUGUAAUAUCCUCGCAAGUGCAAGUAAAAUCGAAGGACGAGACGCCUGGGGUUAAGAACAAUCUCGCUGAACCUGAAUACGACUUCCUGUCCAAGCAACCUGCCGAAGUAAUCGACGAAACGUACAAGUUGAUUAAUCUGAGACCUUCCUCGAAAGCGCAUCCAAAGCCGAGGCCUACAGGUCGAAGAGAAAAAGAGAAUCCAACCGGGUUGGUCACGAAGCUCGGUGGUACGAUCGUUAAAGAAGGAUUAACCACCGUCCACGAGACCAGCGUAAUUGGAACCUACAUAAACGGGAAAUACGCUCAGGUGCUUCAAAGCUCGUCAAGAAUUCUUUCUGGCACGCCACCGAUUCCCGAAGGUAAGAUUCGUCCGUCUAGCACUCAACGGAUCUUGAAGACAAUUGGACCGCAACAAGGAAAGCUGAAACCGCAAUUGGAACCCACACCAACGAAUCAACAAGAAGAAUCAUCGUUACCCUUAGAAGUUCUGUUUAGUGCUCCAGGAUCUACAGUAAGAAGUACACGAAAGAAUAACAGUCCCAAUCUACCCCGUCCAAAAUUCCGCAAUAAGGUGAACGAGGAUUAUGACAGUGGCGAGGUGCAACAACCCAAACAGAAUAAAAACCGAAGUAGCACAACAGCGAGACCAAGUUUCAAAAACCGAAGUCCUCCAACAACAACGACAGAGCCUCCGGUGACUCGUCGUCGCAGUGGUUUCCGGCCGAGCAAUCAACCGAAUUUACCUUCUAAACAGAGCAAUAAGAGUAAAAACGAGCAACAACCGGUCAGUCCCAACCCUGUACCAAAAUUGAAGCUACCCCGAACUCAAGGACGUUGGUCCUAUAAGACAACCCCUAAACCGAGAAUAAUCAUUCGAAAACAGAUAGAUGUCGAAGACGACCCACGUUCGACUCCAGAAACUAGUACAACCGAAGGUCCAUUGAAUGUCGACGAUAAUAAAUCAACGACAACCUCAGUCUCUACGUCUACUACAUCCGCGGUCACGACAGGUCAGGCAGUUAACGCCCAGAGAAAGAUAGAAGUGGCAGCUGACGAAGAGUUAGAUCCAAGCGAAAGCGAAGAUGUUGCCAGCGUCAGCGUCCAAGAUCAACCGCAUGCCGAACAGAUCCUCCCUGUCGAAACGAUCAAUGUUGAAAUUUCAACAGCUGCCGAUCUGAGCAACGCUUAUUUCGAAAUUGCUACCAUUAAGUCACCGUACACUUUCCAGGUCGGAACCUUAAGAAACACCAGAUACGUUACAGUGACAUCGACUGCGAAGAAAUCAUUCUCAACAAUAGAUCCAUCUACCACGAUAUCACCGACUGAACCUCUGACAGAGAAUCUCCUAGCAAACACAGCAGCUGCUUACGAAACAACAUUGCCAUUAGACUCAGCAGUGGCGACCCUCCCAGCUAUAUCUCUAGAAUCUGGCCAAGCUACCCCUCCCUUAGAAACUUUAACAGAGACAUUCUCCACAACUCAGACUCUCCUGAAGACUCACCUGCUCCCAGUGAUCUAUAAUGGAAAUACGACCAAAUUGACUCUAGUGCAGACCUACAACAUUGCUCGUGUGGUCACUGCUACAAAGACUUUGCCACCGAUGGACAUCUAUCAGUUCAUCCCUAGCAAAGCGUUGAACGAAUUCAAUUCGAAGCUGGAUGAAGCUGGUAGCGAGCUUCAUCUAGAGCUAGAUGUCGGAGACGAAGACAGGGACGACGAUGAUAUCCCCAAAAGAGUAGUAGCUCCAAGUAACGAUCAAGGGGAUUCCGAUCUAGAGCCAUUCAAAUCUAUCUCAGUCUCAAAGGUGAAGUCCGAUUCUGCGGUCAGUAGUUCGGCAGAACCUCAAUUGACUGCCGAUCAACUGGCUCUGUUGAAAUACUUUGGUCAACAACAGCCACAGGUGAUCACCACGUCGCGGCCGGUCGUUGUCCUAGAGACUGUCUACGAGUCUCACGUAAUUCCAGUUGUGAAUAACGGGAACACGCUCUAUUCGACGUUAUCCAGGCCAGUCGGUACCGUGCCGCGGACGUCUUAUGAAUACGGAACGUCCACAAUUGCACCAGUUCUCCAGCCGCAAUUACCGCCGCAACUGCCCCCGCAACUGCCCCCGCAACUGCCUCCGCAAUUGCCUCUAUUUCCGCAACAGCCGCAGUUCACGGUGACGAGUAGCCCUCUGGUCACGCAAACCCUGGCCACCGUAUCCGAUUCGAGAAUACUGAAAUUAACAUUCGGAGCGAAAACCGCCUACACCACCUUGUACUCCAGCAGAGUAGUACCGACGGAGAUCACCACCUACGUCACGAAUACCGUACCUGUGCAACCAACCGUCCCAGCUUUCCCGGGUUAUUAUCCUCCACCGGUUGCUUAUCCACCUUUCCCUUUCGUAGGAUAAACUUUCCUUAAUUAGCUCUAAGCAGGCGAUUAAACGAGCUGAUCUUAACGUAUUGAAGACUGGAGAACGUUGGUUUUUCCAGUUCUAUCAGGUGGACAAGAAGUAUUUGAAAACUAAGACAAAGUGGAUGAUGAUGGUAGAUAUUAUUUGGUUUUACAAUAGUAAGCUUCUAUGAUUCGCUCAGAAUUUUAGAAUGUAAUCUUAUUUAAUGUAUUUAAAGCUUAGUACUUAGUGUUAGCGUUUAAGGUAACGUUCUGCAAUUAUUAAGGAGUAGAAAGUGGAAACGUCAUUUCUGUCAUUCUUGUCACUGAUCAGUACGCAGGAAAUGGUUUCGUGUUCGCUGUUCUGGUCUGCAAUGUGUUAAGGCUUAUUUUGUUCAUGCAUUAUGAUGCGACAUGCCAUGAUCAAACGUUCAAGAAAUCUAAUUAAACAUUUUCCUCAAUAUUCUGUGCAUUAGAUGAAGCAAGAUAUAUUUUUUACCGGAAAAUAGUGUGUAUAUUUUAUACACUGAUAAAGACUGAUUAAGUUUAAAUAAAAACUGUACAAGUCAUGGCACUAUUUUAAUAAAUAUAUAAAAUGUUACAUAUUUCUUGGACGAUUUAUUGAACGCUUGAUACGUGGCAUGCCAUGUUAUGGCACAUGAGCGAAUGAAAUCAAACAAAAAAGAUUACAAAUGAUACCGAGGUGCAUUUUUAAUUGUGUUCAAGUUUUUUUUUUAA